AUGCUCCCAGGCUUCCGGUGGUGUCUUUGAUUCCUUCUGGUGAAAUCAAGGAGGGCAUGUCAUUAACACUGACCUGCAGCAGUGACGCCAACCCUGCAGCUAAUUAUAGUUGGUUUAACAAAAAUGAAAAAUGGCCACAGUAUUCAAUUCAGAACUUGACGAUUGCAAAUAUAGGCCAACAACACAGUGGGCUUUAUUACUGUGAAGCCAUCAACAAAAGAGGAAGUCACAAAUCUGCUAUACAUGUUACUGUUUUUGCAA